UCUAAGCUUAACUAUUUGAACAACAUUACAAUUUAAGAGGAAAGAGAAAAAUGGCGAAGUAUGGGAGCUUCAUCACUAGGCUUGUGCUUCUAUUUAAUUUAGCAUUGCUAGCUCUAGCAAAUAACGACCUUAGUACAGAUUUUAGUGCAUUUUACUUCAUUCAGCAGUGGUUACCAUCAUAUUGUAACCAAAAGGGGACAAAUUGUUGCUACCCACCAACAGGAAAACCAGCCACAAAUUUUUCGAUAUAUGGGCUUUGGCCUUACCAAGAUGAUGGUAGCUGCCUUCAAAACUGUCCAGGUUCAACUUUUGAUGUGUCUCUGAUCAAACCCAUAGAGAGCAUGCUUCAGCAGGAGUGGCCAUCUUUCACAUGCCCAGAAAUCGGGAGAAAAUUUUGGCUCCAUGAGUGGAACAAGCAUGGAACAUGCUCGAAGUCCGUCUUAGAUGAAAUGGCAUAUUUUCAUGCAGCUCUAAACCUUAAGAACAAGAUCAACAUCUUCCAAGCUUUCGCCGAAACCAUGAUCCAACCAAAUGACCAAUUUUACCCUCUCGACAACAUAACAACGAUGAUAUCUCUAGCCACUGGAUUUCGCCCUUCGAUCUUUUGUAACCACGAUGCUCAAGGAGAUAGCCAAAUUUGGCAAGUUUUACUGUGUGUGGAUAAAAGUGGGACGGAACUCGUCAAUUGUUCGAACCCUUACAAACAACAAGGAAAUUGUGCUUCUACAAUCAAGUUUCCUUCUUGGUAAUUCUUCAAAGCUAGCUAGGUAGAGUGUUAGUAUACUUGAGAUCUACUCUCUACUACUAUAUUACCCUUUUAUCUAUUCAAAAACUAUCAUCAUCCAUUCAUAGAUUAAUAAACUUCAACUAAUAAUUACGUGAGAAAAAUUUGAGAUCUUAAGUAUAUGUAAUAUACUUUAUACCAACAUUGAUUUUCCAUGUUUCUUACAUUGCAUAAUUAUAUAUUAUUGAGCGAUUAA